CGACGUCGUCGUCUUCUUCCUCCACCCUCGCCUAUAAAUUGGGGAGCCAACCCCAGACCGAACCAGAGUCAGAUCCGCUAUCUGUUCUUCAUCAGAUCGAACCAUAUAGAGCGAGAAUGGCAGGAAUCAUCCACAAGAUCGAAGAGACCCUCCACAUGGGAGGAGGCCACAAGGAAGGGGACCACAAGAAGGAGGAGCACAAGAAGGAGGAGCACAGGGGGGAGCACAAGGAAGGCGUCUCCGACAAGACCAAGGACCAGAUCCACGGCCAUGGCGACCACCACCACGACAAGGAGGGCCACGAGAAGAAGGACAAGAAGAAGAAGAAGGAGAAGAAGAAGCACGAGCACGGCCACGAGCAUGGCCACCACGACAGCAGCAGCAGCAGCGACAGCGACUGAGCCCCCCCGCCGAUUCGCAGUCAGGUGACGUUAUAAUGUCAUUUCCGUACCGAUCGCUGGUUUUUUCCCCUUAAAAUCUGUCAGAUCUGAGGGUGGGUGGGUUUGUUCGGUGUCGCAGGCGAACGGCGUCGGAUCUGAGCAUGGGCGUGCCGGCCGACUUUCAUCCUCCUCGUCUACUUCAAUAGGAGUUCUGUAUUUGCUGCUUUGUUUAGUCCGAUGACAUGCUUUUCGUGCCACCUAUGUAAACUAACGUGCUUCGCGAAAUAAUAUGUUUUCAU